CCUGUUCCGGGGACGGUUCCGGAGUUUGUCACUACCAAUUGCAGCUAAACGAUUAAGGGACACCCCAGCAAGAGAGCGGAAUCUCUCCAUCAGCAGUCUCCCCAACACUGUCCCACAAGUGCCCCUAAGUGGGACCGCGCACGUUGUCCCCAGCGGCGCGGAGCGUAAGCCGGGCACGCGCUCGGGCGCGCACGCGGCGCGCCCCCGUCCCCCGCCGCGCUGCACGCAGUCCCCUCCUCAGGACCGCCUGGCUGCGCCGCUCCCAGGCCACCCGGACCCUACAGUUAGCCCCUGGAAGGCGGAGGAGAAUCCGUGGACAGCGGAGAGCCGCGACGGUAGCGGAGACUGCCUCGCACGCCCCGGAAGAGAAGGGGAGGAAGGCGGGGUUAGGGGAGGGAGCGCGGAAUAAGUGAGCUGGGAUCCGACCCCUGCCCGGAUUCGAACCAGGGUCGUCGGCCAGGCCCCCUCGAGCAGGGUACGCCCGACCCGAAGAGGACGGGGCGACACCGAGGUUCGCACUGGGCGAGGACACAUGGCCUCUCCAUUUCUGUCCGCGGGGACCACCACGGGCGACAGCGGCGGAGAGCUGAGCUCGGGGGACGACUCCGGGGAUGUGGAAUCGCUGCAGAGCCCCGAGACCGAGGCGUCCAGGAGCCUGACCGAGCUGUUUGAGAAGGCUGCAGCGCACCUCCAGGGCUUGAUUCACGUGGCCAGCCGGGAGCAGCUCCUCUACCUGUACGCCAGGUACAAGCAGGUCAAAGUUGGAAAUUGCAAUACUCCUAAACCAAGCUUCUUUGAUUUUGAAGGAAAGCAAAAAUGGGAGGCGUGGAAGGCCCUUGGUGAUUCGAGCCCGAGCCAAGCGAUGCGGGAGUACAUCGCGGCAGUUAAGAAGCUGGACCCCGGCUGGACGCCUCAGACACCAGAGAAGAAAGGAAAAGAAGCAAGUACAGGUUUUGGCGGACCAGUUGUUAGUUCUCUGUAUCAUGAAGAAAUCAUCAGGGAAGAAGACAAAAACAUAUUUGAUUACUGCAGGGAAAACAACAUCGACCAUAUAUCCACAGUCAUCAAAUCGAAACACGUGGACGUGAAUAUGAAAGAUGAAGAGGGCAGAGCUCUGCUCCAUUGGGCAUGUGACCGGGGACAUAAGGAACUAGUUACAGUCUUGCUGCAACAUAGAGCUGAUAUUAACUCCCAGGACAAUGAAGGUCAAACUGCUCUACAUUAUGAGCAAAGAGGCAAGAAUAACAGAGGCACUUGGAAGAAGAAUUAGGAAGACGGACUUGUUCUUCCAAAUAACAAGAGGCUGUUUCAAAGCUGGAAUAACGAGGGCAGAAACCAGCUUCUGCCCUGACAGUGUGGGGAGCUCCACUCACCUGCUGCCCUGUGAAACACUGGAACCUGUGUUUAAAAAUACAGCCAUUUCGAACUUCUGGAAAUGGACCCAAGGACACACAGCAAGUGAAGAACCAUCUAGUCAAGGAAACCUGUGAAAAUUUGGAAAGAGGGCAAGAGCCUCGGCAUUUGAAA